AAAAAAUAAAUGACAUUUUGGAAAAAGAAGCUAGCAAAGCCAAAGUUGAAAUUGAAAAAUUAGUCUUAAAAAUUGGGGAAGGAGCCAAAGAAUAUCUAAACCAAGUUAAACAAGAAAAAAAGUGCCGGGAAACAACCAAAAAGAUUAGUUUGCCCUCCGAAGCAAUAAUCGAGGAACAAAAAAAAGAAAUCGCCUGCUUAAUGGAGCAACUAAAAAAAUCGCAAAACCAGGAAGAAUCCUCACAAAGAAAAAUCUCUCAGUUAGCUUUACCCGAUGCUAAAUUACCUACUAAUAAAAAACAAAUUACUCUACAAACUAGACGGAGAAAUCAUUAUACGCAAUUAGUUAAGCAAGAAAAUAAACCAGAGUCAACCCAAUUAAGUUUUCAAAUGGAAAAAUAUCCUCGUCCAGAAGAAAUAAAACAAAUUGAGUUAGAAGCGGGAACAUUAAUCACCGGUCAAUUACAAAUCGAAAAUUUUCCUGUAAAAAACUGUCCUCAACUUAAAGAAUUGAAUUGUAGCUACAAUGAAGUUAAAGAUUUCAGUGUGGCCGAUUAUUAUAAUGUGGUUUCUUACAUUGGCGUUUUGGACGACGAUUUAUAUCAGCAGUUAAGAGCUGGCUUGCCUGGCACAAAACACGAAGAUUAUCGAAGGCUUUGUUUAGGUUGCUUGACGAAAGGAGGACAUAAAAAUAAUCCUUCUUAUAAUUAUCAGGCCGAAGUGAAGUUGGCCAAAGGAGGAACUAUUGAGUAUGCGGUUACGGCUAAUGGAAAUAAACGACAAACUUGCGAAAUUCCUGAGGAAGGAGGCUUAUUAAUGGUUAGUAUCAAUGCCACUAAUGGCGGGACUUUAAAAAUAAAAAGAAACGAAAUUAAGAAUUUACAAAAAUCUUCGGAAACCGAGGAGAAGAACAAAUUAGUAGAGGAAAAGACCAAGUUAGAAAAAACAGUUCAAGAAUUAGAAGAAAAUUUAAAAAGAAAAGAAUUAGAAGAAGGUAGAGCCGAUUUACAGAAAAAAUUACAAGCGGUAGAAAAACAACUAGCCAUUAGUGAAAAACAAAGGCAAGAAUUACAGUUUGAAUAUGACAACUUAAAACGAACUCUGCACGGAAAAAGAGACGAAAUUGCCGAAUUAAAACGAAUAAAAGAGGCCGACCAACAAAGAUUUACCUACCAAAUUGAGGAGCUGGAAAAAGAAAAAGAACUAACCGAAAACGAAGUAAAAAUUUUACAAAAGUUAAAAGAAUUAUUUAGUACUUUCCACGAGCAUUUAGAUAGUGAAAAUGUAGUUAAAUUGGAAAAAAUAUUACAAGAAUAUAAGGAAGCAGAUUUUACCAAUACUCCUCACCUGCCGGAUAUUUUUCGGUUAAAAAAUGAAGGUUUAUCGGACUAUCUAGAUUCUUCCCUACGUCAUUAUCAUAAAUGGCAAGAAACUCAUCAAGAAGCAGAAAAAUUAAGAACUAAUAUUAGACAAGAAGAAACCAAGAAUGCCGAGAAAAUAGCCGAAUUGAAUCAAAAGGUUAAGGAGUUGCAAAUUAAAAACCAGGCUCAACCGCCAAAAGAAAAAGUUAAUCUGCAAGAGCAGUUAAAACAGGCUCAGGAUUACGCCCAAGAAUUAAAAAAUACUUUAAAAAUCACUGUGCCAACCUUAGAAAAAGAAAUUCAAACCGACUUAACAAGUGAAGAUAUAAACCAAAAAGACUUAAAAAUAGAAGAACUCCGGCAACAGCAAACUAAACAAAAAAGAUUAUCCAUUAAAACUAAACCGGUUAAUCCUAGUUUAGGAGAUUCAAGUUGGGCGAAUUUUACGGCGGCGAUAAAAAGCCCUGACGAAAGAGGAGGUAUAAGCCCUUCGCAAAUAAGAGAAAGAGAAAGGCAAAAGAAACAACAAAUUCAAGAACAAUCGGCUCAGAUUAUCCAAAAAGAUUAUGGUGAAAAGGAUAAUAAGGAAUUAUUAAACAAAAUUGAAACCUUAAAAAAUGAUAAUUUGCGUCUUUUGGCUGACUUGGAUAAUCAAAAAAAAAACCAUUUUAAGGAAAUGAGAGAAAUAAGUACAAUGUUAAUGUAUAAUACUAGUAAAAGAUUGAUUGAAAAAAUUUUGCCCUUAUUUGACAGUUAUGAAAGAGCCCUUGAAAUUAGUCAAACCUAUCAAGACCCCAAAGUAAAACAAUUUUUAGCUGGUUUUCAAAUAGCCUUUGCCAAGACGCAGAAAGAUUUUUUUCAGCAAGAAAAAAUUGAAGAAAUCAAAGUUGUUCCUCGCCAAGACCACUACGACCAUAAUUUACACGAAAUAAUAUCCUCCGAAAAAAAUGAUGAUUAUCCAGAAAGAACAAUUUUGCAAGUUUCCCAGAAAGGAUAUUGUUAUCAAGGAAAGGUCCUUCGCCCUGCCGAAGUGGUGGUUAGCAAGAAAAAAGAUUUGGGAACUACCCGCUCUUGUGUGUCUAUUAGAUUGGAAGAUGGCACCUAUAAAGUUGUCAUUAACGAAAAUGGAAGCAACACUACCCAUUCAAUGGUUCUUUUUGAUGAAGAAGGAAAUCUGGUAGAGGUUGGAGAAGUAGCCAAAAAAGAAUCGGUUCUUAAACCUCAGUCAGUAGUUUACGAAGCAAAACGCUUAAUGGGAAGGAAGUUUGAUUCUCCGGAAGUGCAAAAAUUCAAAAAACUGGCUCCUUUUGAAAUUGUCUCAGGGAAAAACGGCGAUGCUUGA